AUGGUCAAGCUGUACACUCUUGGUCGAUCGGUGAUGAACUCUUGGUUCGUACUUACUCUAACUUUGGCAGAAGCUGAACAACUCUUGUCCGAGCAACAUAAUGAGGUUAUAAGAACAGCAGUUGUUCGAGAUCAAGCUGUACGGACUACAUUUGCCAGACAGCUGGAAAUUUUUGAAAAUGAGCCUCAUGUUCAAACAUCGACAAGAAAAAGGCGUAAUUCGAAUGAUGGAUUCACACAAAAUGCAAAUGAUCAUGAGGAAGGAAGAAUUCCCCAGGAAGAACGAGAUGAAUUAGACAACCAAAGGGAAGGUUAUGAAAAGAACAAAACAUCGAAGGAAAGGGAAGAUCGUGAGGAGGACGUCGAUGAAAGCAGGUUAAUAAGUGAAACGAGGCUAGCGAUCUCAAUAACAUCUGAUAAUAUAUCUGAAUACAAACUGUCAAAUGUUUUUACUGAUUUAACUUAUGAUAAUGAUCUGGUCUUUGUACUUAUACCUUAUUUAUUGUCUAUUAGACCAGCAUAUUGGGACUUUUCAAAUACUAUUUCUUGGGAUCCAAAGUCGACACCGGAUUAUCUUCAAGAAUAUUUUAAUAAGAACUGUGAAGAAAUUCAUCAACUAAAGGACAUAAAAAAACUUCACGCAAACAUCCAAUUCAUAUAA